AUCCCGUCCUGCUCUGCGGCGCGGGGGCAAGAUGGCUGCUGAGAAACAGGUUGCCGCAGGCGGCGGUGGUAGCAGCAGCGGCGGUAGCGGUGGUGGACGCGGUGCCGGAGGAGAGGAAAAUAAAGAAAACGAACGGCCUUCAGCUGGAUCGAAGGCAAACAAAGAAUUCGGAGAUAGCCUGAGUUUGGAGAUUCUUCAGAUUAUUAAGGAAUCCCAGCAGCAGCAUGGUCUACGGCAUGGAGAUUUUCAGAGGUACAGAGGCUACUGUUCCCGUAGACAAAGACGUCUUCGGAAAACACUCAACUUCAAGAUGGGGAACAGACACAAAUUCACAGGGAAAAAAGUAACUGAAGAUCUUCUGACUGAUAACAGAUAUUUGCUUCUGGUUCUGAUGGAUGCUGAGAGAGCCUGGAGCUAUGCCAUGCAGCUCAAACAGGAAGCCAACACUGAACCCCGAAAACGGUUCCACUUGUUAUCUCGCCUACGCAAAGCUGUGAAGCAUGCGGAGGAGUUGGAACGCUUGUGUGAGAGCAAUCGUGUGGACGCCAAGACCAAGUUGGAGGCUCAGGCUUACACAGCUUACCUCUCAGGAAUGCUGCGGUUUGAACAUCAAGAAUGGAAAGCCGCCAUUGAGGCUUUUAACAAAUGCAAGACUAUCUAUGAGAAGCUGGCCAGCGCUUUCACAGAAGAGCAGGCUGUGCUGUACAACCAGCGUGUGGAGGAGAUCUCGCCCAACAUCCGCUACUGUGCAUAUAACAUCGGGGACCAGUCAGCUAUCAAUGAACUCAUGCAGAUGAGAUUGAGGUCUGGGGGCACUGAGGGUCUCCUGGCUGAAAAAUUGGAGGCCUUGAUCACUCAGACUCGAGCCAAGCAGGCAGCCACCAUGAGUGAAGUGGAAUGGAGAGGCAGAACGGUCCCGGUGAAGAUCGACAAAGUGAGGAUCUUUUUACUGGGAUUGGCCGACAAUGAGGCAGCCAUCGCCCAGGUGAAGAACGUCUGAGAAAAAACCAGGCUGCUCCCUGUGUCUCCAGCCUCAGCAGGGACCAGUGGCAUUUCAUGAGACUUCACAGCAAGCUCCUGCACCUGGAGUGGUAUCUGUAUGAGGUGCUUUCUUAGUUGUGCUGAUGAGUUGUCUUAAGCACCCAAACCUUUCAGUGACUUGUUCCAAAAUCGCUCCUUUGGGUUGGGGACAGCUUUCAACAAUUGAAGGAUUUCUUUGUGCCUUUUGUCUGUAUUACAUAUUGCCCCUUAUUUACCCUUUAUUUCCUUGAAAGACAGAAGACUAGAACAGUACCAGAAAGUUGAGUUUUCAUUAAUCUAAAAGACUAAACUUUUUCUGAGAACAUUUCAUUGGCAUUUAGGGUAUCGAGGUCUCUCUUCUGGACUAGGGCUGAUAGCAACCAUUUAGAUUAUGCAACUGCGUUAACUCUUUUGUUUUAAAGCGAUACAUACUGGAAGAAAAGAACUGCUACAGUUCUGUGCCAGGCAUCAGGCGGUGACAGUGGGGCAGAAAUUCUGGAUAGAAUAGGGGGCAAGGGAGGU